AUGGUUCAGAACAAAGCCUUCAUUUACAAAAAGAUUCCCAAUGGACUGCCUAUUCCUGGUGAGGAUGUGACUGUCGAAGAUAUUGGCUUUGACGAAAAUGCGCUGCCACCAAAGAACGGCUUCAGUAUGAAAAAUCUAUAUGCCUCGUAUGAUCCCGGCCAGAGACGCCAGCUGAGGGAUCCUGCCAUACCUUCUUAUUCUGCCGCUCUGAAGCCUGGAAGGCCGGUCGUCUCUGUCAGUGUCAUAGGUCAAGUAUUGGAGUCCGACAGGCCGAACAUCAAGAAAGGGGCACUCGUGACUGUCCAGAACUGUAGCACUGAAGAGUACUCCAUCGUGCCAGAGUCGCUAGCCAAGGAUGCCCAAUUGAUCGAACCGAAAGACAGCAUACCUCUCACAGCAUACCUGGGUGUGCUUGGAAUUAAAGGCUUGACCGCAUACGGAUCUCUACGCGAAAUUGCGAGACCUAAAAAGGGCGAGACGAUUCUAAUAUCUGCUGCUGCCGGUGCGGUGGGCCAGAUUGUUGGUCAGAUCUGCGUUCGAGAAGGCUUACGCGUAUCCAUCCGGGUCAUCGGGUCUGUUGGUGAUGACAGCAAGCUCGAAUUCAUCACGAAAGAACUCAGGUUUACGUCGGGGUUUAACUACAAGAAAGAGAAGAUGGCCGAUGCGCUCAAAAGACUUGCGCCGGACGGACUGGAUAUCUACUUCGACAAUGUUGGAGACGAACUACUUGAUACUGUUCUUUGGGACAUGAAGACAUUCGGUCGAAUUGUGGCCAGCGGCACGAUUUCCACAUACAAUUCCUCCGACUCGAAUCCUAUAUUGGGCGUCAAAAGUUACUCAAAAAUCGUUCGACGACGCCUGAAGUGGGAGGGAUUCCUGGUUUACGACCAGAACAUUCAGCAAUGGGGUAAACAGCGGGACGAAGACGUUUUUCGCUGGAUUGCAAACGGCGAACUAAAGUCUGUAGAGCACAUCACCGAGGGGAUUGAAAACGCAGCCGAGGGAUUUGUGGGGAUGUUGAAAGGGGAUCUCGGCAAGAGCAUCCUAAAGAUCACAAAAUCUUAG